UCCUUAACUGGCGUAAAAGGAUGUCAGAUUUGUGGCUCGUAAAAAUGACAAGACUUACUUUAAACUUUGAACACGACUUUCGUGAUUGACUUACUUUACAUAUGGUCAAGAACGUCGAAGACGGUACCCGAUGUUUUUCACAACAGUGUGGCCAGGCUCUCUCUUUCGAUGACCGGUGCCGUUGACGUGAUUUGACAGCCUCGCUUUACGGCAAGAGCAUGCUGCUGCUGCUGUGUGUCGAGGUCAGGGAAAUGACAGAACAGCAAGUUCCCGACGUAGACAUGCUCGUUUUCUUAUGUAAACCACACUUAAUGAUUUUAAAAAAAUAGACGCUUUCGGUCAACUGUAUUAUUACUAUAAUACUGGCGUUGACGUACAACAGCUUAGCAUUGGUCACCGUUGCAUCACAACUAGCGCGCAUUAGCCUAAGCAAGAUUUUUGUUGUUGUUGUUUUUUUGUUUUUUUAUUCCCACCACCCUCCCAGACAUGGACAGCAGCCCGCAAGGCUCCGGGGGGCUCAAGGCGAGUCUCGGUGGUCUCUUCGGCGGUGGAGCGCCGGAAUAUUCCAACACGGAGCUCGCCGGUGUUCCAUUGACUGGAAUGAGCCCCCUGUCGCCUUACCUUAACGUCGACCCUCGCUACCUAGUUCAGGACACAGAGGAGUUCAUUUUGCCUACAGGCGCUAAUAAGACGAGAGGAAGGUUCGAGCUGGCUUUUUUCACCAUUGGAGGCUCCUGCAUCACAGGGGCUUCGUUCGGCGCUUUAAACGGACUCAGGAUGGGCCUGAAGGAGACCAGAGACAUGGCGUGGUCCAAACCGCGGAAUGUGCAGAUUAUCAACAUGGUGACCAGACAAGGGGCUUCAUGGGCCAACACUUUGGGUUCAGUAGCCUUGUUAUACAGCGCGUUCGGGGUGGUGAUCGAGAAGGCCCGAGGAGCAGAGGACGACAUCAACACAGUAGCUGCCGGCACGCUAACGGGGAUGCUCUUUAAGGCAGCCGGUGGCUUGAAGGGUGUGGCCCGCGGGGGUCUGGCUGGUCUGGCCUUGUCCGGUGCCUACGCCGUCUACAACAAUUGGGGCCACCUGACCGGAACGUCGUCGCCGUCGUCCUCUCGGCUUUACUGAACUCCUCCUCGUCCUCCUCCUCCUCCUCCUCCUCUGACGUUAGGGCCAAACUAUCUCCAAGAGGCAGUGUGCAGACUUUGGGAUGGAAGUGCUUGGUGUGUGUAUACGUGUGGGUGAGUGGCUGCAGGUCUGCGAGUGGAUCUUUCAAUGAUGAACUUUGCCUUACAGUCAGAGCUACACUUGUAUUUAUUUCACGGUGAUGAUCAUUAGAAGCUGUACUGCAAGAAGAAGAGUGUAUCUGUCUCCCAUCAUCUGAUGUAAUAAAUCAAGGAGAAAUACCAUUAAAAAGAAAAGCAAACAUUUUAUUGUUGUGGAAGUGGCGUCAGUGCAGGAAAAAGUCUCGGAUGCGCGUGGCCUCGAUCCAGGGGAUGUAGGUGCCGGUCUGGGUGAAGACGCUGGGCUUGUUCUCUACCGUGCAGCCGAUGGGGCCGAAGCUCACCACGCCGUGCACCUCCCAGCGCUCGCGGCCCAGUUGGCAAAGGAGAGGACCUCCCGAGUCCCCCUGAAAAGAGCGACGCUCUGGUUCAUGUCUUAAUUUCCCGCCUGAGGCUGGCAGGAGUACGGUGGGCGGAAACUAACCUGACAGGCGGCAGGGGGAUCCUCAGUGUCCCUGAACCCGGCGCAGAUCAUGGAGUCUCGCACGCGGUCACCCCAGAACUUCUUCUGCCGACAGGUUUUGAAGUCGAUGAUGGGGAGUCGAGCUUGGUUGAGCGCCUCUGCCAGGGAAACGUUUUCCUUGCCGCCUGGAAUUAUUGAAUGAAACGUAAUGACCGCUUCUCGUAAUGAACUUUCACAAAGCACACAACUGUCCAAAAAUGUCUUACUAAAAUAAAGAAGCUAAAUCUAAAGCUGCAACGUUUUUGGUUGGUUCUGUAAGAUUUUUCCAUACCAUGAAGUCCUCAAAAGUUGAUUUAAAGGCAAGUAGCGUAUCAAGUUGUUUUUUUAUGAUGGCAGUUCACCAAAGCUCGUCAAGAAACAUGCC